AACUGCUCCGUCGUCACUUCGCCGUCUUCUUUUCAUCUCUGAGUGAGAUCGCGAUCUGUAUAUUUUCCGACCGGUGCGGCUGCCGCGCAUUUUGGUACUGCACAUAUAAUUCAACUGCGGGCAUACAGAAACCGUAGCUACACACCAAACGGGGCGAGGAAUGGCUUAAUUGCUGAUUCCGGAUAAUACGAUCAUCACUUGCAAGCAAUUCUCAGGGGACGUCAAACAUUUUACUCUGAAAAUUUUUCGGAGUCCUUUCUUCGCUGCCCAGAGCUGCUUCUGUUCAUGUUGAGCCUUGGUAAUACUCCAACGUCCAAUUGCUCUUAUUGCAUCCCAACAAUUCAUGAGAUAGUCUUUUUGAGAAUGUAUGAAACUUUCUUGGGUACAUUAAUGCGAAAUUAGAUUGAAUUUGGGAUUGAAUACAACUUGCUGCAGUUGGAAACCAGGAGUUUUAAGUGGCAAAAAUGCAAAGGAGUAAUAGUUUGGAUUCAGUUCCUGAGGACAUUGAUCUUAAUCAUGGAUCUCCAUCCAGUAACACUUACAUGGAUUCUGAUCAAGGUGAGUCUAGCUCAACUCUAAAUUCAAAUCAUCAGGAUUUUGGCAGUGAUCCAAAUCCAGGACAUGGUUGGUCAUCUUCAUCGAGCAAUUACAGGGUCGCUGAUGACACUGCUUCAUGGUUAGAAGAAAGGAGAGCCGAGCCUUCUAGCGAUUAUUCUAAUGAAAGAAGUAGCAGCAGUUAUGCUGGCAACUUUUCAAUUGAUAGGCCUAGAAUGAUGUAUCCCUUUAGUUCGAAUCAUAGCUCUGGAUAUGCUAAUUUAAGUGGUAUGAACCACUAUGGUGAUGAUCUGCAUCCAAGCCUUCACAACCCAGGGGGAUCUGGAAUGGGGAUGAUCUCAGCUUUUGGUGUUCCUUCAAAUAAUUCAAGAACCUCAUACAGUUCUGAUUAUUUGAUGGGAAAUAAUAAUGAUUCAGAAUCCUCUUUGGGUAUGUGGGGUCCUUCUUGUAAGCGGAAAGGCUUUGGAAGUUCGAGCUCCAACCCACAAGCUGAUGACAUGGCACAACAUAAUAUUUCUGCUUCUAGACGCUCUGAUGCACUUUCAUCCUCUCGUGUUGGUUUCAUGGAACAAGUCGGUUCAAGAAAUGAGGUUCGUGCAAAUAAUCCCACAAGGAAUUCUGGCAUUAGGGAUGACAACACAGGGAAUCGGCAGUCAGUUUUGUCCGGCUUACGACACAGAGCAAAUUAUAUGGGGCAUUCUAAUGAGAGCUCAAGUUAUGUCCCACAUAGAUCUCCCUCUUUUCUUAGUUAUGGGGAAUCAAUAUCUAGUCCAAAUCUGCCAGAAACCAGUCAUCCUCCUGCAAACCAAACACGGUCAAUGUAUGCUCCAUUGAAUGGUUGUCAAGAUGCACGAAGUGGCAGUCAUUCUAGAAGCUCCUUUGGAAAUAAUCAGAGGGCUCGAAGAUUUCCCCAUUCUACUGAGUCACGGGUUUCUUUGCAGGGUGGUGCUAGUUCUAGUCAACAUACCCACCUUGCGAGACAGAUGAGGGUUAAUCAGAAUCAAAUUACAUGCAACAGCCAAAGAAUGCCAGAAUCUUCAUGUUGGAGUCCUUUUGCACCAUCAGAAUAUGAUACAGGAGGUCAGAGAGGUCAUCUUUCACCACUACAUUCUGCAACUUCGUCUACAGGGGAGCCUGUGACAUCCCUAUUUAGUACCAGAAGGGGUAAUCAUCAACCAUUUCUACGGUCAACUGUGAUGGCAGAGGACGCCCCAGGUGAUGAUCACAACGGCCAGCCUGCUUUAGUUGCUGGUUUUGAAGGAAGACACAGGAUGGCAUCUGAGAUAUGCCAAGUGCUUAAUACUAUGCAAGGGAAUGGGAACUUCCGGGCUGAGGAUUUUGCAAUGUUCGAUCAAUUUGUUAGUGGAGUUGCUCAGUUACAUGAUAGCCAUAGAGAUAUGAGGCUUGAUGUGGACCACAUGUCUUAUGAGGAGCUCUUGGCAUUGGAAGAACGCAUAGGGAAUGUGAGCACAGGUUUGAAUGAGGAAACCAUUUUUAGAUCCAUGAAACGACAGAAAUAUGUAAGCUUAUUCGGACAAGGCCUUUCGCCAAAUUUGGAGCCGUGCUGUAUCUGUCAGGAGGCAUAUGCGACUGCAGAUGACAUUGGCACAUUACAGUGUGGACAUCAGUUCCAUACAAAUUGCAUUAAACAGUGGUUGAUACUUAAGAAUCUGUGCCCCAUCUGUAAGACCACAGCCUUGAAAACUUGAAACUAGCCUAGUCCCCCCCCCUCCAAAAAAAUCUAUGCCAUUUAAAGGUCGUACGGUGUUCUAGUUGACCCCGAAGUGUUUCCUACCCCUCUAACCUCCACACAAAAACCACCAACUAGCCCCUUGUUUUUCAGAUGUGCUAUAAUAUUUACUGUAGCAUAUCGGUGAAACAAGGGGGCGGUGGGUGGACUGAGGAAUUACUUUGGAGUCGAGCAGAGCAUCGGGCCCUCAAAUCGUCCGGUGUAAGAUUAUGACACCUAUAUGAUGGGUUCCAAAAGAAUCGAUCGAGCUCAUCAUAAUAUUCCCUACUUAAAGAUAUACUACGUACAUAGUAAUUUGUUAAGCUAUGUGAAACCAUUUUUGCUUGUUCUGGUGAUCAUUGAGGAGAUUGUUUUUAGAUUUUAGCAUUUGCUUUUAUUCAGUAUUUGCUUGAAUCUGUACCCAUUUCUUUAAGGCCACAACAUGUAUAAUGUAGAAAGAAAUCAAAGAAUCUGUUUUAU